AUGUCCUUAAGUAUUCCUAAAGUACCUGCCGAACAGUCCUUGAGCAAGAGGAUGGAAGUAUCAUCGAGUCACCAUUUCUACUUCUCAGUAGAACAGAGGAAGGCCGCGGUGGUCUUUGCGGGAGAUCUUGACAGCGGCACGGCUACCGAGCUGGAGCCAGGCCCGCCAGUCGCUGCCGACCAGGUGAGCCGGGAGUCAGGAAUAAAGAUGACUUCCAUCGAUGUUUCAAUGCUUGAUAUGGAAAGUUGUGGAACUUCCGAGUCUCUCUCUUCCCCAGUAAUUGACCAGGACAUAGAUGCAGAUCAUGUUACUUCUUCAGACUUCUAUCCGGCAGUGAAAUGCAGGUGGAUCAGGUGUGGAGAAUGGUUCUCCAGCCUACACGAUCUAGCCAGUCAUGUCAGCCACACUCAUGCAGUAGCUGGCUGUGAGGGACUCUUCUAUUGUGGCUGGGAGGGUUGCUCACGUACUCACCGGGGCUUCAACGCACGGUACAAAAUGCUUGUGCAUGUCAGGACACACACGAAUGAGAAGCCCCACCAGUGUUCACAGUGCAACAAGAGUUUCAGUCGGGCAGAAAACCUGAAAAUACACGCUCGUUCACAUACAGGUGAGAAGCCGUACACAUGUCCUGUACCUGGGUGUCACAAGGCGUACUCCAACUCUAGUGAUCGCUUCAAACACACCCGCACCCACUCCAUAGAGAAGCCAUAUGUGUGCAAAGUGGCAGGUUGUAACAAGCGAUACACGGACCCCAGCUCUCUCCGUAAACACGCCAAAACCUACAGUCACUUCCUCACACCCCAACAGCCUCAUUUAGAACACAACUUACAAGAAAAUGAAGACAAACGAUCCCGAAUAAUCCCCACUUCGGCUGACCAUGAAGAAAGGCUGCACAUAGAGUAUGUGACCACCCACUUCUCAGCAUCUUGGCUACAGUCUCUUUACCCCACCAAUGUGCUGUCUUGGGGCAAAAUGGAUGAGCAAGAGGCACCUCUUGACCUGACAGUGCAUCACUCCACGUACCACUGACAUGAUCAAAGUGUCAUCUGUGUACUUCAACGAUCUCUCUUACAUUACCAUUAAUUACAUUUUGUAUGCUUACUAAACAAAAAUACAUAGAAUAGAUUCUUCCAGAAAAGUAAAAAUCAACAUGUUUGCUAGUUGAUUUUAUCCUUUUAAAUUACUUUUUUAUACAUAAAAAAUUUGAAACUGUCAUUUAUUUACACAACUCAUAGUAAGAGAUACUUUAUGUUGAAAAGAUGUUUGCCAAUGCACUGUAAAUAAUAUGUUUUCUAGUCAUUAUUUUUAAUGCAUUGUUUUUGUUUUGUGUGGACAGUUUUUGAAACAAUAUAAAUAGUAUUUUAAUAGUAAUAUUUAAAGUUAAUUAAUAGUGUUAAGUUAAGUUAUAAAGUGUUAUUUAUAAAUCAGUAGUAAAUAUAAAACAGACAGGUCUCCUUGUAUUUAACAAAUAAAAAUAUAUUUUAGGGUACACCUUAGUGUUUAAAACCAAAGAAGUUUGCAAACAACUAAAGAAAGGAAACUAUAAAUUGCAAAAAGAUAAUUUAUAGAAUUCAGUCACAUGUGCAAAGUUUUUCUAUACCUUAUAAUAACGUCUAUACUUAUAAGACAUUAGUGAGAUUACUUGUAAGUUAGUAACUUAAAGAAUAUUUUAUUGUCAUACAUUUUGUAAAUAAAUAUUACUGAUUGUAUAAUAACAUAAUAUAAAUGUAAUUAUCAUUGUAUUUUGUACUUAUUUUAUACUUUUGUAAUCCAAUAUUUUGUAACAUUGAAUAAUAAGAAAGGUUUCUAAUCUAAA